ACGAGCAAAGAUGGUGGAUGUCCUCUAGCUAGCUAAUAUUAGCACAGUCGUAGUCACAGCCACUGUCUAACGUUUGUCAUUCAAUGUAACUCAAAAUGUCUGUUGCUUUUGUACCGAAAAGACAUAGAGGAAAAGCUCAGAUCAACCAAGAAACCAUCCAAAGAUUACUGGACGAAAAUGACCAGCUGGUAAGGUGCAUCACAGAGUACAUGCAAAAAGGACGCGCAAUGGAAUGUGUACAAUAUCAACAGAUCUUGCACCGCAACAUUGUUUACCUGGGAACCAUAGCAGACGCCAGCCACACUUGGCUCCAACCACAAACAUCCCCACCAAUGGAGAGGCACCAACAUUGACAGCCCAGAAUGGACGUAAAGCUAUCAUACAUAAUAGGCAAUUUCCUCUGAAUUGAUUCACAUCAUUUUAUUGAAAAUAAAUUUUGCAAUUUUUUUCCUG